AAUAUAUAUAUAUAUAUAUAUAUUUUAACGCUUUAUAAGCCCAUUAAGGCUUUAUAAGCCACCCCCAUAUGAGGAGGUUUCUAAACCAUUGUUACUCCGAGAUGGGUGGUUAGCCCUUUACCGGAAAGAAGAAUGGCGACUCCAAUUACCGAACUGAUCUCUAGUUCGGCAAAUGAAGCAACCCGUGACCGAGUUUCGAUCUAGAGGCAGUGCGCGUCAAGCACUGCCGCGUUAUCUACUCGGCCACACCGUUCUUCUGCAAAUAUAUUUUAUCAAUAUUAAAUUCUUAUUAAGUUAGCAUGUAUUUCACUGAUUGUUUUUUUUUAUUGUAAAUUUUGAGUUUUUUCUUCAGACAACAUGCAUGCAAUUCUUUUUAAAAAUACUUUUCUAUUUCAUAAUAUUUGAUUGCACUAGUCACUUCAUGACUGAACACUUUCAAUUUCAGUUAAAGUAACUAAAUAAACAGUUAGGGUAAUUGUUUUGUCCUUCGAUGACAUAGUUCCCUCGGAAGCUAUGGGUUUGUAAGGUUAUCAGUUUGGUUACCAUGGUUAUACAAAGGUGUUGUAUCGAAUUCACUCACCUUAAGUGUUACUCGAAUCACUUUGGUUGGACUAUAUCUAUUAUUCUAAUUAAAUUAAUAAUAAAACGGUUACUAAUAUAAUCUACAAUCUGUAAGAUGGCAGCUUUGGGCGAUACAUCGGGCGAUAUACUACCAACCAGUGAACAUAUCAAAGAUAUUUUACAAAUGACCAGAGACUCGGAGAUGAUCCAGAGCUAUGUUCGGGUUGCUAAAGUCGAUGAUGACGAUGAUGACUACGGAAGAGGUGACUUUGAAGAGGUACAGGGGCUUGGUCGAAGCCACAGGAAUUCUGGGAUAAACGGUACAAAUGGACUAAAUGGGGAACAUAGUGGUCGUAUAAAAGCUGGAAGCAGUGACAAAGGGACUAAUCGAGGCUACUCAAAAAGACAUGGGUGUCAACCGGGGUCGGCAACCACUACAUUUAAUGAACUAGCAGAAGAAUUCAAAACACGAAAAUCAACUACAGGAGCUGUUAUCGAUAAAUCUUCUUUAGGAGGUUUAUGGACCGGCAAGCGGCAUAAGCGAGACUCUCGUUCUCGUUUACUAGAGGAAGUAUAUACAGACAAAGAUAGAGCAGCUGCCGUUAACCUUGGGACUCGUGAUAUAAAAGCUUCUCUUCGAAUGAAACGCCGUCAAGACCGGAACCACACGUUACACAUACCGUCCACGGCUGAGUCACCUACUCUUUUAGCUCUAGCUCGUCAUUGUAUGAAUGAUGUCAAAGUAUCUUUGGACUUUAUCGACAAGGCUUUAGAGUUGAGUCCCAAUGACAAAGCAGCUUUAGUAUCUAGGAGUAAAUGUUACUUACUACUUGGCCAACCACAUUUAGCAUUAAAAGAUGCAGAAGUAGCUCUAAAGGAAGAUAGUACUUAUUUGAAAGCUAUUUACCAGAAAGCCGAAGCUCUUUAUCAUCUAGGUGAUUUUGAACAUGCUCUUGUAUUCUAUCAUCGUGGAUUACACGUAAGACCAGAACUAGAACAGUUUCGACUAGGCGUACAGAAAGCCAGAGAAGCUAUCGAAAAUGCUAUAAGUAAAAUAAGAGAAAUAACCAAAAGUAAACCAGGUUUUAUAGUAAAAUAUAACGAAACCAAACAAGAACCCACAAUAAGAAGAACAAAAAUUUCACCCAAAAUUCAAUCGAAACUCUUACUUAGAGAAUUAUGUAUAGACAAAAAUUACUUAGAACAUUUAACAACCGAUCCUAACUUGGUAAGCGCUAACCAGGAAAACAAAAACCAAAUACUAAAUGAAAUAGAGGAUGGCAUUAAUUUUUUGAAUAGCAGAGAAGAAUUUUGGAAACAACAAAAAAUUGUUGGUUAAUCUGUUAUUGUGAAUUUAUUUAAUUUAUAACCAUAUUUUAUGACAAAAAAAUAUUUAUGCCUUUAUCUUGAAAAAAUUUCGCAUUUAUAUUUAAUAAAAAUAAGUCGAUAUUUUUAAAUCUAUAACUACGUUUUACAGAUCUAUUUAAUAUAUUUUACACACUAAUAAUUAUUAAUUAUAAUUAAAACACUUUUUACAAGUCGUUAUAUUUUUCGUUGAUGUUCUUAAUAAAAACAACAACUAAUAAAUCACGAGUUGUAAUAUAAAUAAUAUGUUUAGUUUAAUUGAUGUCAAAAACGUAGCAACUUAGUAAAUAUUUUGAA